AUUACAACUGCAAUUGUAUCCAUACAAUGGCAUCAGAAGACACUGUAAAACGGAAGGUAGAUUCCGACCCUGGGCAUGAUGACCAACCAUUGCCAAGGAAAAGGAAGGAGCCUUCAGUCAACAAUAAAUCGCAAUCAUCUGAUCACCAAGAGAAUGAGCAAAUCCCUGCUAAAAAGCAUGUUAAGUGCCCAUAUCUAGGAACUAUAAACAGGCACUUGUUGGAUUUUGAUUUUGAAAAGGUUUGCUCCAUUACGUUAUCGAACAAACAUGUCUACGCCUGCUUAGUUUGCGGGCGAUACUUUGAAGGCAGAGGCAAAAAUACAUACGCUUAUACCCACGCACUGGAAGAACGCCAUUAUGUAUUCAUUAAUUUACACGACUGCAAGGUCUACUCUCUACCGGAUAACUAUCACGUGGAAGAUGCUUCAUUAAAUGAUAUUGCACUAUUUUUGAAACCAAAGUAUACCAAGGAGUACGUGGAGAAUAUUGAUACCAAGAUAGUGUACGGUAAAGGUUUGGACGGUACAGAUUUUAUACCGGGAUGCAUUGGACUGAAUAACCUGAAACAGACGGAUUACUUCAAUGUUAUAAUACAGGUGCUCUGCACAGUGGCUACUGUUAGGAAUUAUCUUCUACUACUAGAUAUCGACAGGAUACAACCACCGGAUAACGUAAUAUCGACGUUGGUGGAACUCAUAAGGAAAAUAUAUAACACCAAGAAUUUUAAAGGUAUAGUAUCGCCACAUGAAUUCUUACAAGCUGUGGGAGUUGCAUCCAAGGGGUUAUACAAAAUUGGAGUGCACAAUGAUCCUGUUGCCCUGUUAACAUGGUUGCUAAAUAGAUUGGAUACUAAACUACGUAAUAAAAAAACGAAAGAGUCUAUUGUAGCCAAAGCAUUUGGAGGACAGCUGAAUGUAUAUACACAGGAUGGUGAUAACUGGACCCAAAAGAUUACACCAUUCAAAAUGAUAACCCUGGAUGUGCCUAAUGCACCCAUUUUCAAGGAUGACAAGGAGAAGAAUAUUAUACCGCAAGUGUCUAUAUUCCAACUACUACAGAAGUUCCAAGGUGAAAGCGCGCAUACGUCACCAAAUGGAGAGCUAUGUAAAUACAAAAUAUGGAAGUUACCAGACUACCUAGUUAUCAACAUCAAAAGGUUUACUAAGAAUAACUUCUUCAUUGAGAAGAAUCCUACUAUCGUCUCAUUCCCAAUGAAGAACCUGGAUAUGGGCAUAUAUAUCGAUGAUAAGUCACCUUUCAAGGGAGAUAUAAACGCAAGAUAUGAUCUGGCAUGUAGCGUAUGCCACCAAGGAAACCCAGAAUCCGGAAGAUACAAGAUACACGUACUACACCCACCCACAGGUGACUGGUAUGAACUUGAAGACCUAUUGGUAACAUCGGUACUGCCACAAUUUGUGGCGCAAUCUGAGUCAUAUAUACAGGUAUAUAAAAAACAACAGACAGGCAAUGGUGCAACGACACAUAACGAUAACGAAAAUAUAGACAUGUUCGAUUAAAUAUAUAC